AUGGCACCAAUAUCGAGUCCUAUCGAAGUGGAGGUAAGGCUGAGCACAAGGCUCGAAAUCAGGCAAACACCCCAGCCCUACCUGAUAACCCAAACCAUAACCCGCGACUUCACAACCUACACCACAACCGUCACUCUCGGCACAAUAAUUGCUCCGACCCUCACAACGCCAGCUCCAACCCUCAUCCAAACCGUCGCCCCAACGCCAGCGAAGACGAUGACUGAUAACAAUAAUGGCGUCGUAAUCGGUGCCGUGCUAGGCACGUUUUUAGGGUUAGCGGUGUUGCUUGCGCUGGCUUGGAAAUGCUGCUUUGAUGGGCGGAGUGUGCUUUGGCGGCCGGUGUGGGGGUGGCGCGAUGAUGAGUCGAGCUAUGGAUCUGGAUCUCCGAGCUUGGGGAGCUCGAGGAGUAGUUGGCGGAAGGUGAGGAGGAGAGGUGGGGAGCUUAGGAGACCAAAGAGAGCGCAUGUCAGGAGAGAACACAGGGGGAGUGUGGAUUUCGAGGGGAGUUUUGAUGGGAGGAGUGAGAGGAGUUGGCGGGAUGAGAAGAGGAGGGGGAGUAGAACGGUGGUUAGGAAUGGGAUGGUGGGGUGGACGCUUGGAGGGGGUGGUGGUGGGAGGAGAGGGAGUGGGAGGAGGAGGAGGAGGAGUGAGAAUAGGAGGGAUAGUUGGGUUGAGAGUGAGAGGGUUAGGAUGAGGUUUACUACUGAUGAUUAG